GGUGGUUGUCUAGCGUGCAGUGUGCGGACCGCUUUAUUUGGUUAUUCCUUGCUGGCAAAAGUACCGGCUUACACAAAGUCCCACCGCAGUUUUCGUCAUGGAAGAGGAAGUCACAUCUGGCAGUGACAAUAUUGUCACUGAAUUUAACACAUAUGAAGAAUUUCUCGACUCACAAAUUACGUCGUUGGAUCUGUUGUACCUCGAGGAUGAGGAACUUGCAAGACAACUUGUUGAGUUAGGUUACCGGGGCAGUGGUGAAGUGUUGAAGAGAGAGGAAUUUGAGGCCAGAAAACAGGCAGCAGAGGCCAGCAGACUGUCCAAGAGAAGCCAACAAAAAGCACUGGCAAGUUCAGGGAAAGAGCUGAACAACCCCUUCCUGAAGGCACUGGCUCAGCGGGAAGAGGCCAACCGCAGUGGCAAGAUGACCUCCAUCAUCUUCAUCCGGGACAAGAACGCCCGGGGCCAGGAGAUCUCCGGCUACAUCGACUACGCCCACCGGCUCAAGACGGAGGACUUCGAGCCUUACUUCUCCGGCCGCAAGAGGCUGCUGCCCAGACCGUCCGACCUUAGCUUCUACAAUUGGGAAACCCAAACCUCUACUUCCAACCCCACGCCAAACUACCAGGUCAUUGCCGAGAAUGCCUCCGGUUUACUCUUCAAGAACAAGAGAGAUCGGAAGAUACUGACUGUCGACCCUAAGGCUUCAACUCCAGGGGACAAUUCCACUCGGACACCCCUCAGCUGCCCACAGUACACUCAAGUUGUCAUCUACGAUCACAUCACCAGGAGGAAGACAUAGAUCGGUUCAUUGGACAUAACUGUCACCAUAAGAUUUUGUAGUUUGGAUGGUGCAAGAGAAAUUCUGGACAGCACUGAAUAAAAAUGCUGUGCCAAGAAAUGCCACUGAAAAGGUCCUUUUCAGGGGAAUAUCAGAUAAGGGCGAAAGUUUCUGUCUAAAGACUUCUAUAGGAAAUAAUGAAGAAUUGCUAUAUUCGUAGCACUGCCGCCAAAAUGUUUAUCCUAAGUUCCAAGGUGUACCGUAAUUUCGGAAAUAUUUCUGAGGUUCUACUAACUGUGACACUUGGCAAUCAAAGAUCAAGUCCCAGCUGGUGUGUGGAACUUUAUUCUGUUUAGUACUGUACCAAAUUUCUGUGACACAUCUGGAGCAAGAUUUAUUGUUUGCUUGACCUUACCGAUGUAUGCGCAGGGGAUUUUUGCUCAUUGGUUGUAUAGAGAAAAAGGUAAAGGGGUUCAAGUCCAGCUGCUCGGGCUGGCCAGAUACUGUGUCCUUGAGCAAGGUACUUUACCCUAACUUGCCUCUCUGCAGGAGUGUCAUGGUUAUCAGCAUUAGCUGGGGAGUCGCCUGUGAUGGACUGGCAUAUCAUCCAGGGGAAAUGGCAAUACAUGUAUUCUCAACCAUUUCAUGUUACUGAAAGUGUCCCUGGCUAAUGACGGACUCUACUUGAAAUGCCCACUCUUUGGAGCACAAAUGUACGCCACAAUAAUAAACCAACAAAAAAUGAUUAACCUGUGAUAAAAGCGACCGAAGUACACUUACUCAUGUACUUUCACUACUAAAGUUUGACCCCACAUCCCCGAGACUGUUUAAUUCCUUAUUUGCAACUUGGUAGGUUGGCGUGAGUAAACCAAUUUUAUGGGUCGUACAGACUUUAAUCCAAUUACUAAUAGAUGGUUAUUCUGAAAUUCACCAUACAAAAACAUUAUUUUCCUGGAGCUACUGUCAUAUAAACGAGACAACUAAAUUUGAUCAGUUAAUGAACCAUUAUUUUGUAUAUAACCUUUAAUGUAUGUUCUUUGUACAGUUCAAAUAAAAAUUAAUGUGAAUUCACACAAAAUGAA